CAACUUUAAUCUCUUCAAUUCAUUCGAUUCUCUUCUCAUUACUUUCAACAUUUCUUUCCCAACAUGUUCCAUUUCUUUCCUCUUCCCUUACCAUGUAAUCCCACCACUUUAUUAUACUAAUAACCAAAAUAAUCUUUCAUUCAUUCAUUUAAUUAAUUAGAUGGGCAGUAGUAAACACAAAUGGAGAUUCACUCUCCUUAGAUCACCAUCUUCUAACCACCUCAAAAAACCAUCACCACCACCACCACCAGAAUUCAUCUGCCCAAUCUCUGGGUCCCUCAUGGCGGACCCGGUUAUCGUCUCAUCUGGCCAAACAUUCGAACGAAACUGCGUACUCGCAUCGAUAUCGUUGUCUUACAAACUCACGACUAUCGACUUCACCACCAUUAUACCAAACCUUGCUCUCAAAUCCGCUAUUAUUAGUUGGUGUCACGCCAACUCAAUCUCACCAAUGCCACAACCACUAGACAUACAUUCCGCUUUAAAUAUAAUACAAAAAAUGAGGAUAAACAGCUCGCAGAAUUAUACGAAAAUUCGUCUGUCGAGCUGUUUAUCAUCGACUUCUGAGGAAUCAGUAGUCCCAGCGUCUUCCGCUGUGCAUGAUUUAUCUCCUUUGCGUCCGUUAUGUUAUUUAUCAUCUUCUUCUUCUUCUUCUGAAAUCGAUAAUCAUGAAGAAGAAGAAGAAGAAGAAUAUGAUACGGUUUUUAUUAACCAGCUAAAAAGCGGGUUAAUGUUAGACCAUGAAAACGCUGUCGUUUCAUUAAGAAACAUAACACGGACAAAACAAGAAGUCCGAAUGAAUUUAUGUACGCCUAGGUUGCUUUCGGCGUUACGUCAUUUGAUUAUUUCUAAGUAUUCGUCUAUACAAAUUAACUCUGUUGCGGCUUUGGUCAACUUAUCGUUAGAGAAUGGUAAUAAAGUGAAGAUCGUACGGUCAGGAAUUGUUCCGCCUUUGAUUGAAGUAUUAAAAGGCGGAUUCCCCGAGGCGCAAGAUCACGCGGCUGGCGCGUUGUUUAGUUUGGCACUUGAUGAUCAAAAUAAAACAGCUAUUGGAGUUCUUGGCGCGCUGGGGCCGUUGCUCCACGCGCUGAAGGCCGGGUCUGAGAGGACCCGGCAUGACUCUGCUUUGGCUUUAUAUCAUUUGUCACUUGUUCAAAGUAACCGGUCAAAGCUGGUCAAACUUGGGUCGGUUCAGUUGUUUUUGAGUAUGGUCAAAACGGGUCAUAUGACUGGUCGGGUUAUGUUGGUUUUAUGUAACUUGGCUGGGAGCGUGGAGGGGCGAGCCGCGAUGUUGGAUGGUGGUGCGGUGGAGUGUUUGCUUGGGUUAUUGAGUCGGGGCGAGUUUGACUCAGAGUCGACUCGUGAGUGUUGUUUGGGAGCGUUGUAUGGGUUAAGUCAAGGCGGGUUGAGAUUCAAAGGGCUUGCAAAGGAGGCCGGGGCGGAAAACUUGUUGGUGAAAGAAGAGGAAACCGGGACCGAAAGAUGUAAAGAGAAAGCAAAGAAGAUCUUGGAGGUUAUGAGACAGAAAUACGAGGAGGAAGAGACGGUCGAUUGGGAGGCGUUACUGAAUUCAGACGAGGUAACUCGAUCACGAUUUGAACUUGUUUAUGGUAAAGGGUAAAGUUGGGACUCAUAACUGAACCAAAGGUUUUUUUUGUGGUCAGUUUUGUGGCAUUGUUUUGUGGAUCAUUUUUAUGUAAUUUUGGGGUCUUUUGGGCACCCUUUGUUUAUGUGUGCAUAGGAAAGCAUAGUGGUGUAAAUAAAGAUUUUCGAGUGGAUUCAUUUUGACUUUCAAAAGGUUUAACUGAUCUGCGUAUAUGAAUAUGGUUGAGGUCUCAUUGUUGUCGUGUUGGGUUGAAACAGAAUCUCUUAUAGUGAAAGUUUGGUCGUAUGGAGUUGGAAAAGGGUUGAUCUUGUAUCGUUGUUUAGCACUUGGCUCGACGAAAAAGAUCUAGUUUUGUGAAUAAACUGAAGUUACUGUCGUUAAA